AUGCCCGCCAGACUCAUCGACAGCUAUGACCACGUCCCAGUGACCAAGGAAAACCUCGACUGGGCCGAGCUCAUCACCCUUGAUCUAAGCCAGUACGAGCAACCAGGAGGAAAGCGAUCCCUCGUCAAGCAGCUAGAACACGCUGUUCGACACGUCGGCUUCUUCUACGUUAAAAACUUCAACAUCAGCCAAGAAGAAAUCGACCGCCAAUUCGCUCUAGGCCGAGAAUUCUACUCCCUCCCUCUCGAAGAAAAGCUCAAGUACCACAACCGCGCUGAUCUCGACCGCGGCGAGUACAACGGCUACCGACCAGCCGGAGACAGGGUCCUCGGAAACGGCAUCAAAGACAACGUCCAAGUCUACAACAUCCCCAAAUUCGACGGCUACCACAAACGCCUCCAACCCCCCGUACUGGCGGACAACAUCCACGAAAUCGAGACCUUCAGUCGCAAAUGCCACACCGAAGUAGUCGAAAAACUCCUUCGCCUCUUCGCCAUCCUCCUCGAACUCCCCGACGAAGACCAACUCGUCCGCGACCACCUAUACGACAUCAAAGGCGAGGACCAUCUCCGCUACAUGCACUACGCCGCGCGCAACGCCGAAAUCAACAAGAAAGUCGGUGGCCUGUACUCCCCCGGCCAUACGGACCUGGGCACCGUGACUCUACUAUUCCGGCAACCUGUCGCGGCCCUCCAAAUCCUCAACUCAGAAGGACAGUGGAAAUGGGUCCGUCCUCAGGAUGGAACCAUCACGAUUAAUACGUGCGAUGCGUUGACGGCUCUCACUGGCGGGUUGAUUAAAUCGAGUAUUCAUCGUGUGCAUGUGCCGCCUGCGGAUCAGGCGCAUGUGGAUCGGUUGGGGGUGUUGUAUUUUGCUAGGCCGAAUAACCAUGUGGUUCUGGACCCGAUUCAGAAUAGUCCGUUGCUUAAUCGGCUGGGACUUACUCGGAAUGUGUUUACGGAGUUGGGUCAGCAUCUUACUACUGAGGAAUGGGUGAAGGUGAGGCAGACGCAGCAGCAGAGAAGGACCCAAGAGGCGAAGGUCUCCGAGGAUGGGAAGUAUAGUUAUGGGGAGAGGGAUUUGGAGAUUCUUCCGGGGUUGGAUGCGAAGGUGUAUAAUUAG